AUGCCUGCCUCACAAAUCUCAGAAGGUAUUCGCAUCCAGCAAAAUGGCGACUCGCAAGGCAGUCUCCGUCGCGAGGUUUCGCGCAGUCUCUCCAUGUCCACCUCCCCCAAUGACACCUUUCACCAACGCAAAGUCUCCUUCGGAGUCGAUAAUAUUAGUGGGGGCUCUCCUAGCCUGAGGAGAACCAUCACGGGCCCUCAACCCAAGCAUCUAAAACCCUUCCGCGAGCAGGACGUCAAAAUUCUCUUGUUGGAGAAUGUCAACCAGACGGGCAGGGAUAUCCUGCAGGGUCAGGGAUACCAGGUGGAGUGCUUGAAAUCUAGCUUGCCUGAGGAUCAGUUGAUUGAGAAGAUCAAGGAUGUACAUGUCAUCGGCAUCCGCUCCAAGACGAAGCUCACUUCCCGCGUGCUAGCAGCAGCAAAGAAUCUCAUCGUGAUCGGCUGCUUCUGCAUCGGCACUAACCAAGUCGACCUGAAAUAUGCUGCGGCCCAUGGCAUCUGCGUCUUCAACUCUCCCUUUAGCAAUUCGCGCUCAGUCGCCGAACUGGUCAUCUGUGAAAUUAUCGCGUUGGCUCGCCAACUGGGCGACCGCUCUAAUGAACUGCACCGCGGGACGUGGAACAAGGUCUCUGCGAGAUGCUGGGAAAUUCGUGGCAAGACUCUGGGCAUCAUUGGUUACGGGCACAUCGGAUCGCAGUUGUCUGUCUUGGCCGAGGCGAUGGGCAUGGACGUGAUCUACUACGACGUCGUCAACCUGAUGGGCCUGGGUACCGCACGUCAAGUUCCUUCCCUGGAACAUCUCCUCAAGGACGCCGACUUUGUGACGUGCCACGUUCCCGAGCUGCCGGAAACGAUGAACAUGAUCGGGGCAAAGGAGCUGGAGACCAUGAAGAAGGGCAGCUACCUCAUCAACGCCUCCAGGGGUUCGGUCGUGGAUAUCCCCGCGCUGAUUGAUGCGAUGCGCUCGGGUCACAUCGCUGGUGCAGCACUGGACGUGUAUCCGGCGGAACCCGCAGGGAACGGGGACUAUUUCAACAACGAGCUGAAUACUUGGACAGCAGACCUGCAGUCCCUCAAGAACAUCAUCUUGACCCCCCACAUUGGCGGGUCGACCGAGGAGGCACAGUCGGCCAUCGGCAUCGAGGUCGCUGAAGCGCUAGUCCGCUACGUCAACGAGGGCGUCACCGUGGGCGCCGUCAACAUGCCCGAAGUCGCCCUACGCUCGCUCACCAUGGACGAGCCGGACCACGCCCGCGUCAUCUUCAUCCAUCAAAACGUCCCCGGUGUCUUGAGGAGAGUCAACCACCUUCUCGGAGAUCACAACGUCGACAAGCAGAUGACCGACAGCAGAGGUGACGUUGCCUAUCUCAUGGCCGAUAUCAGCAACGUCAAGGAGGACCAGGUAGCCGAGCUGUAUGCCGAGCUGGAGGGCGUCAAGGAGAAGAUUCUCACGAGAAUCCUCUACUAA